AUGGCGGCCAAAAAUCAAUUUUGAAAUGUGACAGGUCGUAUUGCGGAAAUUUUCUCGACGUAUUGUGUUGUUUAUCGGUGUAUGCAGCUGUGUUUGGGUGCAAGUUUUGUAAUAUUAUGUUUGAUAUUUAUUUAAAGUCGUAAUUUGCAUAUGUUUAUAAAAUACGAGAACAUUUGUUUAGUUUACUCUAUUGUGGUCGAUGAUGUAAGAAACUGAAGGACUCUUUGUGUGCAGUUUAUUGUUUUCUUGUGAACUGUGAGUGUUUUCACGAUGGAGGGUGAAGAUGGGGGCUUCGGAAGCCCGGAAAAAGAAGAAUAUGAGAGUAGUUCUCAUUCGACGCCCCAAGAACACCGAUCUUUUGCGGAAUUCGCAAAAGAUAAGCUCGAUAGCGCGGGACGAGAACUUCGAAGACGUCUGCCCAUGGCGGGGCAGCUUGGAGCACAGCUGUUACACCCUCGACGGCUACUUCUUCACUCCACUCCCACACAACACACGGAUGUUGUGCUUAUAUUCCCUAAAGGUCUGCCAGACAGCAUGCUGCUGUGGCUGCUACAAAAGCUGCGUGGGAGUCGGCCGCGGCUGCGCGUCUGUGUGCGCCAGCACGCCUCCUCGCAGUGUUCCGCCUUCUACAUCACAGCUGAUGAUGAAGUCCUCCUACAAACGGCAGAGGAGGUGCAUCUACCAAAGCUGCUGAAGCCAGAAUUCGGAGGAGGCUACAAAGAGUUUACAGUUCGGGACAUGCACUGUUUUCAAAAGGGCACGUCAGCAGGAGAGCUGCUCAACUCCCAAGAGAGGGGUGCGUUGGUGAAGCAUGUAUUGGAGUCGGCGCGAGCGGAGCCAGGUGAUGAACAUGCUCUCGAGCCUGCUUUGACUUUGCGUCCAGGACAGAGUAUUGUGCCAGCAUGUGUAAGUCGCGGCGUGGUAGCGAGCAUGUUCCCGUUGCACGAGCGACAAGCCUUGGAGAGCCUACGGAAGAAGUGGGUUAAGACCUUCUUCAACCCACAGCCUUUAGAUGAAAUAAGUGAAUACUUCGGUGUUAAGAUAGCAAUGUACUUCGCCUGGCUCGGCCACUACACGCAGUCUUUGACGGUGCCCGCCGUCGUAGGUUUUAUAUUUUGGAUCUGGUUGGGCACAGCAAACGACAAUUGGAAAGACAUAGCUCAUGUACUAUUCUCUCUGUUCAAUGUUCUGUGGGCGUGUGUCUAUUUGGAGACUUGGAAAAGAUAUUCGAAUGUGCUGGCAUACAGAUGGGGUACAUUAGACCAAAGAGAUGAACUAUUAGUGGAGCCAAGACCGCUGUUUCAGGGUGAAAUGGGCACCAGCGCGGUGACGGGCCGGCCAGAGCCGCAGUACCCGGCGUGGCGGCGCCGCGUGUGGCGGCACGCGGUGUCCGUGCCCGUCAUGCUGAGCUGCCUCACGCUCACCACCAUUGCCACCUUCGCGCUGCUGAGGGCUCAGGAUUGGUGGGAGAGUCGCAUAAUGUACUUGACAUGGAUCCCUCGAUGCUUCCUCGCCAUACUGAUAGCAGUUGAAGAGGAGGUAUAUGCCCGCAUUGCGAGAUGGCUUAACGACAAAGAAAACUACAGACUCGAGACCAAGUAUGAGAACCAUCUGAUUGUGAAAAUAGCAUUGUUUCAAUUCGUCAACUCUUUUAUGAGCUUGUUCUACAUUGCGUUCUAUCUUCAGGAUAUGGAUAAGUUAAAAGAGCAACUGGCCGUAUUGUUAAUAACAAGGCAAAUCAUAGGAAACUUGAAAGAAUCCGCGCUGCCUUAUUUGAUCGAAAACUUGCGACUGGCCAAGAUUUGUCAGGAUGUUUUCGGAGCGUUGAGUCCUAGCAAAAUGCCAACAUCAGCACAACUGACAGAACUCUUCGAGAAGAAGACAGAUUCUUCUGGCGACCCUCCAGAGAGCGUGAUAAACGGUAGCGCGGACAAGGACGGGGACCGCCGAGACUCUGAGCCCGUGCUCGCACAGAAACUCAUACACCAGGCAGAGCUCGAGUCACAGCUGUUUAAGUACGAAGGCACAUUCGCGGAGUACCUAGAGAUGCUGACGCAGCUGGGCCACGUGGUGCUGUUCUCGUCUGCCUUCCCCCUAGCGGCGCUGUGCGCGCUGGUCAACAACGCGUGUGAGGUGCGCGCAGACGCCUUCAAGCUGUGCCAUGUGGCCCAGAGGCCCUUCGGGGAGCGGGUCAAUAGCAUCGGAAGCUGGCAGCAUGCAAUGGAAGCGAUGGUAGCCUUGGCAGUGUUGGUAAACUGCGCGCUCAUAGGGCUGUCUGGGCCUGUGCACCGCCUGCUGCCGGACGCCACGUCCGCACAGACGAUACUCUUCAUCGUCGCUUUGGAGCACGUGGUCCUGGUGAUAGUGCUGGCAUUGCGCAUCGCCAUCCCCUCCAUCCCGGGCUGGCUGGCCACGGAGAUGGCCAAGGUGGAGUUCCAGCGCCGGGAGGCCAUCAAGAAUGCGCACGCGCCGCUCAUGAAGUCAAGCGAGCAGCUGUUCACCGACCUGCCGUCAGACGACUCCAGGCCUUCAGCUCGCAGCACCCCGCGUACAGGCACGCCGACCACGCCCAAACAACAGGACAAGAAGAAGAUUAACAUCGGCAAGAUACCAGAGAUACCGCCCUUCAGACCGAAAGCGGCGUCGAUAACCGAGCCGGUAGUCAAUACUGGAUCUCUGCAAAUACUCCAGGAUGUUAGCCCUACCAAGCCUAUACGUCGUAAGGAGGUGGUCCCGGGAGCGCCGCUGUCGCUGCUGGGCGUCCGCGGGCUGCGGUCGGAGCCGCUGCACCGCUCCGCACACUGCCUGCCGCACCCCGCCACAACGAGGGCGCCGCAGCACCCCGCCUUGCAGGAGUUGUGCGGCAGCGUGAGUGCGGGCGGGUCGGAGCCGGACCUGGCGGCCGCGGCGCCCAUCGACGUCAGUGCCACUUCCAGCGAGGACGACAAGCCCAAGGAAACCAAGGAUAAAGGCAGUCGUUCCCGCGCCAAGGCCGCGCUAGUGAAGCGCGUGCGCUCGGUGGCGGUGUUCUCGCUGGGGCUGCGCAAGGCGCGCGAGGCGGCCGCGGAGAAGGCGGCGCACACCCCGCACACGCCGGAUAAACUCAACUCCUUGGGCCUACCAGCUCCAAUGUUAGGCGGCGAACUGUCCCUCAUACCGAUCGAGCAGUUAAUUCAAGUUGAUGACGUGAAACGCAACGCAGAGGCCAGCAAACGACCCACGUAGGUCGGUACGUUGGUAGCAUUGAAUGAGUCUUACCAACUCCACGGAAAAAGUGUUUUCGAUUACCGAUCGUUGACGUCUGUAGAAUCUUAGAACAAAGAAUAAUACUGCGUAUAGAACGGUAACUCUUCGCCCCGCACCAAUUUGUUUUGGACGCCGACCUCACCC